AUGGUUGGACAGCAAUCCGCCAUCUUGAAAGUUUGCACGUGUUUUUAUUUUAUAGUAAGAAUCUCAACAACAUACACCACAUGCCUAACCGAUGACAGGGAUGUCAGAAUGGAGGGUAGUUCAAAAUCUGUGAAGAGAAAAAUCGAGGAAGUCGAUGCUGAUGCCAGCGAUGAAAAAUCGUUGGGCAUCAAAAGAUUUUUAAGGGCACCCAGAAAAGGUGAGGACAUAACAAGCAGCGAUGUUUCUCAGUCACAUGGUAAAAGCAAUUUGCCCCCCACUUGGAAGUGGAAAGGAACAUUACUUUAUUAUGUGUCACAGAAAAUCCAACCUUCACAACAAAUUGCAGCCUUUGACUUUGAUGGCACUUUGGCAAAAACAUCUUUAUUCAAACAUGGACCAGAUGCUUGGUCCUUACUAUACCCCUCCUGUGUAGAGAAACUAACAACCCUUCACAGGGAUGGAUAUAAACUUGUAAUCUUCACUAACCAGGCUGCUAUUGGCAAAGCAAAGGCCUCAAAACAAAAAGUUAUGGAUGAGAAGAAAGGCAGGCUCAUUGGUUUUGUUAAGAAGGUAGCUCUACCCUUUCAGAUCUUUGUAGCUACAUCAAAGGAUUGCUACCGUAAACCCAACACAGGGAUGUGGGAAUUCUUCUGUCAAAAAUGUAAUGGUGACAUGAAAGUUAAUAAGGAGAAGAGUUUCUUUGUUGGUGAUGCUGCUGGACGGGCCAAGGACCAUGGAGCAAGUGAUAAAGAAUUUGCAGCAAAUUGUGGACUGACAUUUUACACUGAAGAUGAAUUCUUCAUGAAGGAUGCAUUGAAGAGCAAAGAGAUUGAAUAGGGUUUCCAUACCUGUGGGAAUACGUACAAUUUUUAUAUUUAAUAUUUUGCUCAUUAUGUAAAAUAGUUUAUUGUUGAUUAAUCAAAAUAUUUAAGAGACUUUUUUCAAAACAGACAAUUCUCAAAGCAGCAUUUAUUCUGCUGAAACAAGCCCUAACCCACUCAAUGUUGUCAUAUUUCUUUAGAAAAUUACUUGCACUUACUUUUGAAUUUUUCCAAAAGUUGUGAAGAAACCUACAGGAUAUUAUUUUCUUAAAUUUUCAAGAAUUUGUAAAUUUGAGAAAAGGAUUCAAAAGAAAGCUGGAUAUGAGUUACAAAGCUGGGUGCUGGGGAGGAGGGAGACAGGAGGUUUUUGCAACCCAAUCCGCACCUCCUUAUUUGGUUUACAAAUGUUUAAGAAUAUUUAAUCAAUAAACAUAGAAGGUACAUAAAAUUA